AUGAAGUCUUUACGUUACGUUAUUUUAUUAUUCAUUCUGUUUUCAGCAACGAAAAAAUGUCAGGCUGGUAUAUUUAACGAGAAAACGAAAAACUUUUUUGGACUUUUUGGUAAUAAACCACCUUAUUCCAACGAUUCACCUGCGCCUUGCUACUGUAGUUGUGGGUUACGAAACGAAGAAAGUCGUAUAGUUGGAGGUCAAACGACAAGUAUGAAUGAAUUUCCAUGGAUGGCUAGAUUAUCGUAUCUAAACAAGUUUUAUUGCGGAGGUACACUUAUAAAUGAUCGCUACGUACUUACAGCAGCUCAUUGUGUAAAGGGUCUUAUUUUCAGAUUCAUGUGGUUCAUGAUCAAGAUUACUUUCGGGGAACAUGACAGAUGUACCGAAAAAGGAGUAGAAACUAGAUAUGUGGUGCGUGUUAUGACCGGUGAAUUUAGCUUCUUGAAUUUCGAGAAUGACAUCGCGCUGCUCCGUCUUAAUGAAAGAGUGCCAUUAAGUGAUACGAUAAGACCAAUAUGCUUACCAUCAAUGUUGGAUAACGAUUACGCAGGAAUAAACGCAAUCGUAUCAGGUUGGGGUACAUUGAAAGAAGAUGGCAAACCAUCCUGCCUGCUCCAGGAAGUCGAAGUUCCAGUCAUGAGUCUUCAGGCUUGUCGCAAUACUAGCUACAGUGCUCGAAUGAUUUCAGAUAAUAUGUUAUGUGCGGGUUAUAUUGAAGGACAAAAAGAUUCAUGUCAGGGUGACAGUGGUGGACCUUUGAUAACAGAACGUGAAGAUAAGAAAUAUGAAUUGAUCGGUAUUGUAUCGUGGGGCAACGGAUGUGCAAGACCUGGUUAUCCAGGUGUAUAUACGAGAGUUACGCGAUAUAUGGAUUGGAUUUUAAAAAAUUCGAAGGAUGGCUGUUUUUGCGAACAUAAUUGAUCAUUAUAAUCAUCUGACAAUUCUUAAUGAAAGACAUGAAAAAGAGCAAAAAAUGAUUUUUAUAUAUUAUUGUAUAAACAAUUUUCUUGAAUUUUUGUGCUAUGUUUUCUUCAAAUCCAUAUGCUAUAUCCGUGAUGAUGUUUUUUAUGCACAAUUUAUAGACUUACAAACUUGGAACAAUGUUGCACCUGAUUAUCAGAUAUUUCGAUAAAAAUCGACUAAAUCGAACAAUCUUAAUUUUUAUAUAAUAUUAUUUUCAUUUUGUCUAUUAGAUUUAUUGUUGUUAUAUCUCUGGUUCAGCAAUAUGGCAACAAUAAAUAAAUAAAUAAUGAAAAUAUUUUAAAACGAAAAAUGGAGAUGAUACAUCACGAUAUUUGUCAAAUAUGCAGAAAUAAUAUUAUACUGUGCAAUAUUUAUUAUAUAAUCUUCUUUGCCAUUACUGAAAUAGCCAAAGGCUAAAAUACUCAAUUUUGUUGCCAAGGAAUUUGACUAUAGUGAGAUUGAGAUUAUAGAUUUAAGCUACCAGUGUCAUAUCUUUUUUUAGAAAAUGUUUAUUGUAAUAAUACUUUAUAUACAGAAAUGUAAUAAACAUUUGCACAAAUU